CAAUUCUCCCGAAACAAUCGAUUGCCUGAACCACACCCAACCCACUCAAUCCAGACCGAGAGAACCCCGCAAGAUGUCUCUCAAAACCUCCUACCUCCUAAUCUACAACACCAUCAACGCCCUCCUCUGGACCCGCAUCCUCCUCACCUUACUCUCCUCCAUCGUCCUCCUCGUCCCCCCGGAAACCCUCUACACAACCCUCGAACCCUGGACAAGAUGGACCCAAACCCUCGCCAGCUUUGAAAUCCUGCAUUCCGCCCUUGGCCUCACCCGCUCCCCCAUCUUCACAACCUUCACGCAGAUCUUCGCCCGCGGCGUCCAAGUCUGGGCCAUCAACUACGCCUUCCCGGAGGCCACCACUACGACGGUGGCCAUCUACCCGGCCAUGGUGCUGGCGUGGUCCCUCGCGGACGCCAUCCGGUACACGUAUUUCGCCGUGCUGAGUGUGGCGGGCUCGUCGGCGGUGCCGCGGUGGUUGCGGUGGUUGCGAUACUCGCUUUUCCUGGGUCUCUACCCCAUCGGGAUCGCCAGUGAAUGGUGGUUGAUGUUCCGGGCGACCCUGGUGACAGACAGCGUCGCGGUGAAGGGGAUCUUUGUCUUCUUUUUGGGGUUGUAUGCGCCUGGUUCGGUGAUGAUGUACAAGUACAUGGUCAAGCAGAGGCGCAAGGUUUUGUCUACCGCUGCUUGAGUCUCUUUGUUCCGGAACGGUGGGUCAACAGUCGAUCCACACUUGGGACAAGUAUGAGUCGACCACUUAUGUUCAGCAAGGUUGGUGGUCAUGCCAAUAUACUACGUAUAUACAAC